CCUUGCGAGGAGUGAAAUGAAGACGAUGGCUCAUGCAAGGUCAAAGGUUGAUCCCGAAAUGUCCUACUGACCUAAGAGUCUCGUGAUAUUUGCACUCGUCUAUGUUUAGAGCAUCCUAACGAUUCCUUUCCCUCCUAAAUUUUUAUUUUCAUAGUACUCGAAAAAAUGAAGAAAAUAACUAUCAUAGGUUCCGGCAAUUGGGGAACUGCAAUUGCAAGGAUCGUUGGUAGUAAUGUGCGAAAUUUCGAGAAAUUUGAUAAUGUUGUCAAGAUGUAUGUUUUUGAAGAAAUGGUUGAUGGGAGGAAGCUGAGUGAAAUCAUCAAUACGCAACAUGAAAAUGUGAAAUAUUUGCCUGGCUUUCAAAUACCAGAAAAUGUGGUGGCCGUUCCUGACGCAUUAGAAGCAGCCAUUGAUGCUGAUGUUCUAAUUUGGGUAUUGCCGCACAAGUUUGUCAGAGGUGCCUGCACUCCUAUGGUCGGAAAGAUCAAGAAAGAUGCUGUGGCCUUAUCCCUUAUAAAAGGCUUCGACAUUCUGGAAAGCGGCGGAGUGGCUCUCAUUUCCGACGUUUUGCACGAAAUGCUGGGCAUUGAUGUCAGCGUCAUGAUGGGUGCUAACUUGGCAGGGGAAGUGGCCGCCGGAAAGUUCUGCGAGUCGACUAUCGGUUCCAAAAAUCCAGCAACUGGCCAGAUGCUAAAGAAUAUCAUGCAGACUGAUUAUUUCAGAAUUGCUGUAGUAAAUGAUGUUAGAACCAUUGAAGUCUGUGGUGCUCUUAAAAACAUCGUCGCCGUGGGGGCAGGCAUUGUCGAUGGUCUGGGCCUUGGCGACAACACUAAAGCGGCCGUGAUGCGGAUUGGACUGAUGGAGAUGAUCACUUAUGCAAGGACGUUUUACGAAGAAACGAAGCUAGAAACAUUUUUCGAAAGCUGUGGCGUUGCCGACCUCAUCACAACCUGCUACGGGGGAAGGAACAGGAAGAUUUCGGAGGCUUUCGUCAAGACAGGAAAGAGCAUGGAGCAGCUGGAAAAAGAGAUGCUGAACGGACAACGCAUGCAGGGUCCCCAGACUGCGGAAGAAGUGUAUGUGAUGCUUGAAGGAAAAGGCCUCCUCGAAAAGUUUCCUCUUCUCGUCGGCAUCCAUCGUAUUUGUACUGGCCAGCUACAACCAGCUCAACUAAUCGAUUGUAUCCGUUCUUAAAAAUUAUUUAGUAAUCAACAAAUCAAAAACAUUGCUAUUAUUAUUACGAUUAAAAUUAUUUUUUUAUAAAAAUUAUUUCUUUGAGUUAUUAUUUUGAACAUUAUUGUACCCCAGUUCAGAGAAAGUUUUUAAUUUGAUAUUGGUUGGGGACAUUAGAUGAUUUGUAUUAAUUUUACUUUAAAUUAUUUAAUAGAAAUUAGCAAUGAAUGAAUUGGAUACAUUUAUUAUUUUUUCCAGUUUUGUUUUGUUGCUAUUAAUAUUAAAACAAAAUUGCCACAGUAUUAUUGAAACUGUUUUAACAGCAUACUUAGGGAAAAUUUGGUUUUUUGUGCAACAUUUUGUGGAUCUCUUAUCACAGUUCAAGAAAUCUUUAACAUGUCAUAAAUCCAUGAUAACUUGGUUCACAAACAAAGCAGAUGAUAUGAAUUAAUACACUUCUAUGGCUUUCUCGGUUAAUCAAACUUUAUAUGCAAGAAUUAAAUGUUGAUGAAAUAUUGAUUUUAUAUUAUGCAAAAAUGAAGUAAUUUAAAGUAUGAAAUGGAAAUUGUUUAGCCAGAACAUCAUUUCGAUAGAAUUUGCAUUAAGGUUGUUACAUUUAUUUUAAUUAGUUCAUAUACUUUGAUUUUAAUAUUUCUUCUCAACCCUCCUACGAACUCGCAUCCUACUAUGUACUUGAAGUAUUUAUUGCUUGUUGGUUUUCAUAGCCUAUCAUCAAAGUUUGAAGGUUUUCCUCCCUAAUUGGGAAGUUUCAUCAAAUCUGUUUAUGUGAAAGUUCUCUUAAUUUUUAUUUCACAAUGUUGCAAACUUAUCUCUGUAUAUAACAGAAUCAUUACUAGAUUAUCACGAAAACCAUAUUUUAAUUACAGUUGAAUUUAGGAAACCAUAAAAAAAAGAUCACAUCUGCUUGAAUACAUAAAUACAAAGAUAAGGAUGCUGAUGCUGAAAAAGUUCUCCCCCCCCUCUCUCCCUCUCUAUAUAUAUAUAUUAUAUAUAUUAUUAUUAUUAAUAAAAAAUCAGUUUAGUUUGUGUUAUAUUUUUCCAUUGGUUUAAGCUUGAGAAGAAUUCUUUGAAUUACCACAAAAAAACAAAAACUUAUUCUCAGGGGUAUUCUGAACUUGAAUUUUUUGGCAAGUCACAGUGUCCUCCCUUCAGGGCGCCCUUUGUUCUUUGAACACUAGUUAUUUUUGUGGGAAAUAAAUCUGGCGUACAAUUAAUUCUUUCUUUUUUUUUUUAAAUUUGUUUUUAUUUUUGUGUUAUGUGAAGUCAAUGUGUGUUUAAUCUAUGUUAUUUUAACAUGGGGUGCAAUUAGUCCAAUACUUCUUGUUCUUUAAGCUUUGGGAGUCAUGCGAGUGAAAGGUUCCAGUUUUAUUACUACUUUUGGUAUGUUUUGUUUUGGUUUGUGUGUUUCAAAUUAUUUUUUGGGGUGAUAUUAUAGGUGAUGUAGGUUACUAUGAGACAUUUUGUUUAUAUAUUUUUUGCUAUAUUGUCCUCUCAUAAAAGUUCUGUAUUCAUUUUGAAUAUCAAUUGCAGGAAGUGUUGUUGAGUAAGGAUUGAAAUCGAGUUUUGUGUUCAAUUUGUUUGAAAACUACCAUUAGUAAUAGUAUUAGCAUUUUUUACUUAAAUGCUCAAUCCAUUCUUUCCAAUGUGAUAUCUUUAUGCAUAUAUUUGCAUCCCCCCUCCAGGGAAUUUUAAACUGUAGCUUUUAAUUUUAAUUGGAUAAUUAAUGAGCAUUUGAAUUUAAGGAACCUCUUACAUUGUGUAUCAUGACAUGAAAUAUCAACUUUCUAUUUUUUUUUUUAAGUUUAUUAAAUUGUAUUUUAAAAUUAAUAAUGAUUUGUAUGUUUUGCGGGUGCUGUUGUAUAGUCAUGCACGCUACAUGUUCAAAUCAUUAUUUUUUAAGCACAUUUUUUUUCUAAAGAAAGUUAAUACUUUUUAUUGAAGUACGCUGACUUCUUGCAUCCAAAUAUAUUGAAAUUCAAAGCCAAGUUUUCAAAUCUUCAAAGUCUAAAUAUAUAUAAGUAAAAAUGUUGCAUCGGUGCAAAUGCAUUGAGCAUAAAGUCAGUGAAAUUUUCAUGUUAUAUGCAUUGCUUGAGAAACUAGAAUUUCAUACGAAUCAUAGCCUUUCUGGUUUAUGAAUUUAUUAAAACAAUAAAUUCUGAUGUAAGUGUUUGCUUAAAUAGUUUUUUUUAGUAAUUAAAAUUUUCCUGCAUUGGCCAAGUAGUUUAUAGCUUGUUAGUUUUGUAGACUAACAGUGAGAUAUUUUCUUCUAAGAAUUAAAUGUAACCCAUUUGGUGGCUAGACCUGCGCCCACGAAUGUUAAGCCCCAUCGACCAACCAGAGUAUAUUCACGUUUGCUGCUAAAAGGUUUAAUACAUUAAUUGUACAAUUUUAUAUAAAUAUCCAAAUGUUAUUUUUUCAGUUCUGAGUUUGUUUACAUGUACAUUUAUGCAUAUAUGUGUGCGUGUGUAAAUGUUAGCGCAAAAGCAUGCACGUGUUAAAAAAAUAUUUCUCUUUAUCUUAGUUAUUAAAAAAGCCUACAAACUGCUCAAACAAGAUUUCCCUGCAUUCUGUGUGUAAGUACACGCAGCAUGCAUAUCUGUAUAUGUAUGUACAUGUUUUGUAAACAAGACAUUUUUACAUUCAUUUACACUAAAGUGGCAAUUUCUCUCCCUUUUAGCCUGUUUUAAUAAAUUUUUCUUUUUUUUCUUUUAAAAAAAAUCUAAUUUUGUUCCCUUAUGUAACAGUUCAAAACAGCAAUAUAACAUAUUUAGAUUUUUUAUUUUUGCGAAUUAUUGGAACCUUUCUUCAUGAUAGCUAUGUAAUGCAAUAAUUGUAGUUUUUUAAGCAGCCAGCAAAAAGAUAGAUUCAUGUUUCUUAUUCCCCAGAAAUGAUUAGUUAGUAUUUUUCUUUGUUUCAAGUGUUGUAAAGAGAGAAGGUUAUUGCAAAAUCUAUUUUGCUGUGCCCAUAUAUUUAGCAACAAUUUUGACCUGUAUUUGCAGUUUUAGUUAUGAAGAGAAAAACAAUGGUGCUACAGUUAUGUUACGAAGUUUCAAAAUUUAAUUCAAGUCUGUUGGAAACAUUGUUUUACUUAAUCAUCUAAUGGACUGUUUUAUUUGAAAAUACUAUUUAUAUUUUCUCGAUAAGGAUGCACAUUUAGACAUUUUUUUGAGUAAAAAAACGUUGUAAUUCCUAUUGAACAGUUUAAUAUGAUGAUAUAACUUUUUUCCUGGAAUUUAGGAAGCCUGGCAUUUAAGCCGCUUCUGAAAUAAACAGUUCAAGUUUUAACAUGCAAAAUAAAAAAGCAAACUAUGGGAAAUAUUGAUCAAUUCAUUGAAAAUAUGGAAAUAAAAAUUGUUGUUAUUGAAUAAAAAGUGAAGUUACUAUUUUAAGCUCAUAAUUUCAUUGCAUAUAAUUUUAAAUAUUAACCUUUAGUGGACAUUUCAUUUUUUUAAUCUAUGAAUGAAUUUGCAAUACUAUAUGUCUGCUGUCAGUUAUUAUCUACAGAAUAGGGGAAGAGAUAUUUUACCCCCUUACAUGACAGCUCACAUUUUUUACAAACAAUUUCAAAAAGUGAUGAGCAAAGCUUCGUUGCUCAAGAAAUCACAAAUCUGUAUGCAAUUGAUUAAACAAAAAUUUUGUUUACUACCCUUUUAUAUUAUAAUUUAAAAAAAAAAUGUUAGCUGUCAGAUGUUGGUAGCACUGAUUGGGUACAGCAAUACUGGUAUACCAAAUACUGGUAUUUUCGAUAUUAGCUGUAAAUAACAAGUAUUUUUUAAUCAAAUGAACUUAUUAGGUAUCUUGAGUAAUUUUUAAUGUGCAUUUCCUUUUCAAUGAGACAGUACUAAUAUUUAUCUAUUGAUUGCAUUUGACUCUAAAAAAAAAGAAUUUUCAUUAUUCAGCCUUUUUUGCAUAAAAUUAUGACACAUGAGGCAGUGAGAAGCAAAGGGAUGUAAGUGGACCUUUUCCAGAUUUGAGGACAACGCGUUCAAAGAUGAAGUCCUAGAUAGAGUUUAAUUGAAAAUUUUUCUAAAUCAUACUGUUCAGCAGCACCUACCAGGGCUACUAGCAGUGGAGUCACUACGGGGGGGAGGAGGAGCAUCCUGCCUUGGGUAAGUUAAAUGCAUUUUUAAGAGUACAAAUUUGAAAAUUUUCCAGGGGUAAACCCCUAGAGCUACCCACCUUUGUUCUUUUUCUGUACAUUAGCCCACUUAAAAUUUCGUUAUGACGCAAAUGUAGUUGUUUCUGAAAAUUGCAUGAAUUAAUGUUUACAUAAAAAUUUGUUUUUCUUUUGCCUCUUUAGGGGGGGGGGGGGUGACACCACAAAUUAGCGCCUUGGGUGUCACCCAUGCCUGGUACUCCACUGCUACUAGUACAGUAGAAGACCAUUAUAACGCACACCUUGGGACCAGAGCUUUUGUGUUAUACAGAAUAUUGCAUUAUAUAGAUCAUUUCCCAAAUUUUGAAACUAACAUUCAGAAUCUAUCUUUAUAUUAGCACUUCAGAAUGAGUUUUAUCUGCAAUGAGUAUUAAAGCACCAAUAUUACAAUUAGUUAUUCACAAAUAAAUAUGUUUUACAAUCAAAAUCCUGCACUUCUGCUAGCUUCAUGGUUUGUCAUAACAGCUGCAUUUUCAAGAGCCAUCUGGCAUUUUCUGUUUACUAUGAGUACUCAUUUUCAAUUUAAAAGCUUUGAAAUAAGAUGGAAAGAUGAAAAACUUUCAAAAUUUAAUUUGCCUAACAAUUUUUAUGUUUGCAAAGCAAAACAGGGGUUUUUUUUAAACUUCAAAACCUAUUGUUUACUUAUUAAAAGUUGUGCGGUUUAUAGAGAACUGCGUUAUAUAGGUUGACGUUAUAAUGGUCUUCUACUGUACUAUUCUUUGCACCAAUGCAGAUGAGUUUCACUUACCAUUUCUACGGGUUAUCUCAAAAUUUACAUCCCUUUGAUUCUCACUGCCUCAUAUGGCAACGACAGGAAUAUGCUUUUGAUCCAUUGUUGAGAAAUUUCUAAUCCCGUUAUUCCGAUAUCACAUUUUAAAAAUAUUAAAUGCCAGUAUAUUUUUUGUCCAGUAAACUGCAAUCACUACAAAUGGGACAAAAUGGCUGCUUUCCCUUGAACUGCCCGAUACUCCGUUGUAGGUGCCCGAUUGCUCAUGCAAACCAAUCCCGGAAGCCGUUUUGAAGAAUGUUAUGGAAAAUUAUAAAUGGCGGUUCUUUUGAAAAGAUAAGCUUUGAAAAACAAGAGUAUCUUAGGAUAAAUUAUUGUACUUAAAUAUAAAUUUUCAAAUGAAUCGCCCGGUACGUCCAAUCAUACAUAUCACUGUUGAGUUUUAAUUUUGCUCGUGUAUGUAUAUAUGUGUGUUUGUUUAUUGCGGUGUGCCAUACACUUGUGCAGAUUUAUUGUAAAUGGUUCAUCAGGUUCUGGAAUACUUUAUUAUUUUAAAAGUUAUGAAUAAUACAGAUAUAUUCAUAUUUAGAAUUAAUGUACUAUUUCACAUAAGUUCAUACCUUUUUUCUUUUAUUAUUUUUUUAACAUUGAAAAUGUUGACAAUGUUUUGCAAAUUUUGUUGAUGUCCCAAAAAUUUUAUUAUUUCUCAUUUAAUAAAAUUUAAUUGUUUAAUUUUUUACCAUGCUGGAAUCGAACCUGCUACUUUUAGAAUGGAAAAACAUAUGCCCUUACUACUCGAUCACUGUGAAAUAUCUUACAAAACGAACCAUAAUUGCUCUACUAAAGGAAAAUGUUUUUUUUUUAAUGUUUUUAUUGUAUUUAAUCAAUUUUUACCCUUAGAUAAUUUUACUUGAUUUUCCUUAAAAUAAUAUUACUGAUUCAGUGAAGCAAUUUCGCAGUUCGUGAGUAAGUCUCGUAAAGAAGAUCACCUGCAACUAAAAAAAAGUUCAAAUAAAUGAGUUCAAUGUACGUACAGUACAGGUUAAAAAAAGUGAUCCUCCGAUGAUCAAGAUCACUAUAAAGAACGGCAUUGUCCAUCUCCAGUUUAAUCAACCACUUUAGAUUUGGUUGCAUGUUAAUAACAUGUUUUUGGGGCUUAAAUAAGAUUUUUUUUUUUAAAGUAGAGUUGAUUGGUUAAGUUUGUAAAUGGCUCAGGUAUCAGUUUUACCCAGAACUGAACAGACUCAGGAAUUCAAACAUUUUUCAAUGGUGUUCUAACUACGCAAAAUUUACUAGUGCUCUCUUGGUUAAUAUCAUCAAUGCAGAAACGUGACAGUUGAUCCAUUAAAAAAAAAACUGGUUUAAAAGAAUGGAAAAUAUACAUAUAAAAAUAAUUUAGUUACUUUUAUUAUGAAGAAUCAUGAUUUAUUUUCAUGGUACUUAUUGUUCAGUACAUACUAUUCAAAUAACGUUUUGAACCUAAUGAAUCAUUAAAAAUAAUCCUGUAUUUUCAAGUGGUAAAUUAGCGGAUGUAUAUUUCUUUCAUGAUUUCUUAUUUAGGAGAACUUAAGUGCCAUUGUUUGUGUAGAAAAAAAGUUUAAUUAAUAUAUUAUCAAUCUUCAAAGAGUAUAUUACUAACUUGUUUGUUUUGUACCAAAAAAAAAAAAGA